AUGAUUAGAUUGAUAUUUUUGUUUAUCAUCGAUUUCUUUAUUGGUGUUAUUAUUAUUAAUGUUUUUUUUUUUGAAUAUGUAAAAUGCCAGGGAAAGUUCGUUAAUACUAAGAAAGAGUUCCCCAAAAUAAAAAAUAUAAGUAAUACUUUUAAACAAAUUAAGUUCUUUGCUCCAUCCAAAAAAAAAAAAAGAAAUUACCUGUUUUUAUCAAAACAUAACUUUAAAAAGAACAAUGAUAAUGGUAUCUCUUCGUCAAACAAAAAAAAAAACUUUCUUUUAAAAUACCAAACUAGGAAUAAUGUUAUGUAUCGAAUUAUAUGUAAUCACAAUUUGUUAAUUCUUAACAACACCUCUUUUUUGAAGCCUACAAAAUUAACCAUUUAUAAUUAUGACGCUCCUAAAAAUGACCUUUCAGCAAAUGAUCCAGAAAAAGGUGGAAGAAAAAGUAAAGCAUUACCAACAAACAAUUUGAAUGACAAAAAAGAAGAAAACGUACUACCAACAAACAAUUUGAAUGACAAAAAAGAAGAAAACGUACUACCAACAAACAAUUUGAAUGACAAAAAAGAAGAAAACGUACUACCAAUCGACAAAGCAAACGAUCAAAAUGAUAAUGUAACCUUACCAGUUAAUAAUUUGAACGAAGAUCAAACUAAUAAUUUGUCUUUAAAAAAAAAUGAAGAAACUAAGAAUAAGGAUAUUUCUGAAAAUAAUGAUACAUGGAAAAAGUAUUUAGAAGAUAAAAGAAAGAAGGAAAUAUUAAAGGAUCUGGAAAACAAAAGGAACAAGAAUAAUAAUUGUAAUAAUAAUAAUAUUAAGAAGAAGAAGAAGAAUUAUAAUAAUGAAUAUAUGAAAAAUAUAAAAAAAUAUACAUAUAAUAAUAAUAAUAAUAAUAAUAAUAGUAAUAGUAAUACAUGUGACAUAAUUCAAAAAAACGAAUUAAGUGGAAACGAUGAAAUUAUUAAGGACCAAAGUAAUUAUUCCAAUGACCAUAAUAAUGAUUAUUAUGAAGAUGAUGAUAAUGAUUAUUAUGAAGAUGAUGAUGAUGAUUAUGAUGAUGAUUAUGAUAAUGAUUAUGAUAACGAUAAUGAUAAUGAUUUUAUUGAUGAAUAUAGCGAUUUAGAAAAACAAGAGAGACAAUAUGAUAAUUUACAAAAUGGAAAAUUUCCAUAUUUUAAUAAUAUAAAUGAUACAAAUAAAAAUUUAAGAAAUCAGAAAACGUAUAAUGAAGAAAAAAAAAAUAAUAAUAAUAAUUCUUUCUCAUUAAACGAUAGUAUAAAUAAUAUUUUUAGUUCAAAUAAAAAAAAUGAUUUACCUUUAUUCUUUUCAUUAAAUAAUAAAUCAUUCGAAAAUAGUAACAAUAAAUAUUUUGAUAAAAUCUGUAGUAUAUCUCCAAACGAAUUAAUAAAUAGAUUUUUUGAAAAUACUUCAGAAAGAGUAAAAGAAGCUGUGAAAAAUAUUAUAUUUAAUAUUAUAGGAAAUAUACAAAAAUAUACAAUUGAGACAUCUAUAUUAAUUACUUAUGAAAAAAUAUAUAAUUUCUUAUUACAAAUUAUAUUAACAGGGUAUAUGAUAAAAAAUGCAGACUAUAGAUUAACUUUAAAUGAAUCCUUAUAUGAUCAAAAUAACAUCUUGAAUAAAAAAGAUUAUGAUCAACAAGAAGAUGAACAAGAAGAUGUAAAUAAACAAAAACAACAGAAUAAUCAAUAUCAAGAAGACGAUUUAUUUAAUUUAAAAAAAUCUUUUCAUACCUUAUUUUCUGAUAAUAAUAUAAAUAAUAUAUCAGAAGAACAAUUAAAUAAGGGCGAAAUGUUAAAUUCAAAACAUAUAAUUAAUCCAAAUGGUACUACUACUACUAAUAAUAAUAAUAAUAUAGAUAAUAAUAAUAUAGAUAAUUAUCAGAGAAAUGGGGAAUCAGAUGAUACAACAAAUGAUAUAACAAAUGAUACAACAAAUGAGACAGCAAACGGUACAACAAAUAAUAUAACAAAUAAUAUAACAAAUGAUGAUUACCCUAUUAUUAAUACGAAAAAUUAUAUCCUCUUUUUAAGGAAAAAAAUUAACUCUUUAGAAAAACAACUCAAUAUAUUAAAAGAAAGUAAAACAUUUUUAAAUGAUGACUUACUUUCUUACAUAAAAUCAUUAACAGAAAUACAACUACGUUCUUUGACAGAUAACAUUGGACCACUUGUAUUAGAUUCUACCAAAAAAAUUGUCGAACUAGUAAUUCAAGGUAUGACUCUAAAUAUAAAUAAAAAUAUGUCCAAUGAACUUAUAUAUGUAAGUGGUUCAGUUCUGACAUAUAUAUGUUUCUGGCAAUUAAUUAUUGGAUAUACCCUCAGAGAAAUGGAAAUAAGAGACGAGCUUUCAGAUUAUCUUAAGGGAAGUUGA